CUCUCCCUCUCUCUCUCUCUCUCAUUAUUAGAUAAAAGAGAGAAAUCUCUCUUCCAUUAUUAGAUAAUAGAGAGAAAUGGGGAACGCGUCGUCGAUGCUGACUCAGUACGAUAUCGAAGAAGUUCAAGAACACUGCGACAAUCUCUUUUCGCAGCAAGAAAUUGUGUCGUUGUAUCAGAGAUUUUGUCAACUCGAUCGAAGUGCGAAAGGUUUUAUAUCUGCAGAUGAGUUCUUGUCUGUUCCUGAAUUUGCCGUCAAUCCUCUGUCUCAGAGGCUGCUUAGAAUGGUUGAUGGCUUGAACUUCAAAGACUUUGUGGCCUUCCUGUCAGCCUUCAGUCCUCAUGCAAGCCUUCAACAGAAAAUUGAACUCAUCUUCAAAGUAUAUGACUCGGAUUGUAAUGGGAAGGUGACUUUCAAAGAUAUAUUGGAGGUGUUGCGAGAUUUGACAGGCUCGUUCAUGUCUGAGAAGCAAAGAGAGCAAGUCUUGAGCCAUGUAUUGGAGGAAGCUGGUUUCACAACGGAUACCUCUUUAUCAUUGGAUGAUUUUGUUAAGAUUCUUGGCAAUACAGGUCUGAAGAUGGAGGUUGAAGUCCCGGUUGAUUAGAUAUUCUGUCUGGCUUUUCGACACUUUCUGGAUUCCUGUUGAGUACCUGAACCAACUCAGCGCGCUCUUUCCCAAUCAAAUGAGAGGAACCCUGUGACUAUGUAAUGCCUAGUUUUCCAACAAUAAAGGAAUGCUUGUGCUUAUCAGCAAAAGUAAUUUGUAUGAUUAUGCUAUAAAUUAGUCGGUGGGUUCUCAUGUAAAUGGUCCAUUUGCUUCUAGCUCUAUUCAUUUAUUUAUUUUCUGAUGGUGCUUUACAAUUCCAUAUAAUGUUGAAAUUACAUGGUUGUAUGCAUACAGGCGAUAGAAGCAAUUAUACACAUCAGUCCGUUCACGUUUGAUGAUGAAUUCUAUAUAGAUAAUUCAGUAACAGAAGUUUAAUAUUCAUUUACAAUGUAAUUUUGAUGGACAUGAAUGUAGUAAACAGAAUUAUACUAUUCA